AUGCGCGGGGAAGUGGAAGCAGGCCUUAGAACUGCGAUUGAAGCCUUCGUCACCCUGGCGCGGUUGACGCCCGUGUUGUCCAAUACCCUGGAUCGACUUUACACCGUCCGCGCCAGCCCUUGCAUGAUGUCCGCGGAGAGUGCUUUGAUGCAUGCGAGCCGCUGUCAAGAGCAGCUGAACACGUGGCUUGCUGAAGUGCCGCUGUCGCUGCGUCGACCUGGAGCGAUGAUCAACAACUACCAGGCCGCUCUGGCCUACUACGGCAUCGCGGUCUCCAUCCAGCGAGCCGUUUUCGCCUGUGUCGGGGGUACAACGCACUACGAUCGAGAGCGGGAGCUGCACCUGUACAGAGAGGUCUUCAGCCUUCUCGAGAGCUUGCUGCAAGAGGAGCUCACAGGGCUCUGGCUGAGCUACUGCAAAGCCAACCUAGGCAUCAUCGGAAGCUUCUUCAUCGUCGCUCUGCUUUCCUCGACCGACGACCAGGUCUACAGCGCCCGUUAUGAUAUCCUGAGGCAGUAUUGUCAGUUCCUCGGCCGUCUGGAUGGGAGAUACGCUUUCGGUGGCCUGCCCAAGCUCCGCUUCAACCUGCUGCUUCAGCGACUGCCGCAGCAGCGCAUAGCGUCGGGCCGCUCUAUCAGCGAUCGAGAGGGUGGAUGA